AUGCUUCGCUGCUCCUUUCGCCGCUGUGUUCCGACUGCCAACUGCACGGUGCGGAACCCACUCUGCGCCGCCGCGCUCGAUCACUGCACGCCCGUUGUGUACACGUCGUUGCCGAACGGGUGCCGUGUGGCGACGGAGUACUUCCCCAACUGCCAGUUCGCCACUGUCGGCGUGUGGAUCGACGCCGGAAGCCGCUUUGAGGACCUGCAGAACAACGGUGUGGCACACUUCCUUGAGCACAUGAACUUCAAGGGGACGGCGAAGUACUCUAAGCGGGCGGUGGAGGGCCUCUUCGAGCACAGCGGUGCGCACUUCAAUGCGUACACCUCGCGCGACCGCACCGCGUACUACGUGAAGGCCUUUCGCGAGAACGUGGAGCAGAUGCUCGACGUCGUGUCGGACCUGCUGAAGAACAGCCGCUAUGACCCACGCGACCUCGAGCUGGAGCGGCCGACGAUCCUCGCCGAGAUGCGAGAGGUGGAGGAGCUUGUCGACGAGGUGCUGAUGGACAACUUGCACCAGGCCGCGUACGACCCGGCGUCUAGCGGGCUGCCGCUUACCAUCCUCGGCCCCGUUGACAACAUCGCGCGCAACAUCAACCGCGACAUGAUCCGAGACUUUGUGCGCGUGCACUACACCGGCCCGCGCAUGUCUUUCGUCAGUUCCGGCUGCAUCCGCCCGGAGGAGGCGCACCUCCUUGCGGAGAAGUUCUUCGGCGACCUCCCCGCGACGAAUAACCGCCCGCCGCUGCAGGCGCAGUACCGUGGCGGCUUCACCGUCAUGUGGAACGAGCAGAUGGCGACGGCCAACACCGCCUUCGCGUACCCCAUCUGUGGCGCCUCACACACCGACAGCUACGCGCUGCAGCUGGUGCAUAACGUCAUUGGACAACUGCGCGAGGGGCAGUGCGAUCAUUUCGCCUACCAGCGACUGAAUCCAAAGCUGCCAUGGGAGCGGUUGCAGAGGAUUGUGCAGCUGCGACCCUUCUACACCCCGUACGAGGAGACCAGUCUGCUUGGCUACCAACUCAUCACUGCCCGCAUGCCAGCCGCCGAGAUGGGCGUCUCUAACCGGGAUGAGAGCCAAAAUGUGCUCCUAGACCACAUGCUGCGUACAUUCAACGAGUUGGCGACCACUGCCGUUGACGCAGCAUUGUUGGAGGAGGCGAAGAGCGAGUUUAAAAGUUCCGUCAUGAUGAUGCGGGAUAGCACAACGAACAGCGCGGAGGACUUGGGGCGGCAGAUGAUUCACUUCGGCCGCCGCGUGCCCAUCCGCGAGGUCUUCGAGCACGUUGACGCGGUGACGCCGGCCAUGUUCCGCGAUACGCUGGCGAAGUACAUCGGCGCUACGGUGCCCACAGUGUCGUACAUUGGCUCUGCUAGCGCUGUGCCGAAUUUUGAUGCGGCCGCGCAGAUGACGCACCGACUUGGUGAGGCGGCCUGA